AGGAAUACAUCUGGUGAUAAACCUUACUUAUGCAGUGUUUGUGUUAAGAGUUUCUGUAAGUCUAGUACUUUGAAGAGACAUAAAAUAAAAGAUACUAGUGAUAAACCAUACUCAUGCAAUGUUUGCGGUAAGAGUUUCAAACAAGCUUCUACUUUGAAAACACAUACAGGAAUACAUAAAGGGGAUAAACCAUACUCAUGCAAUGUUUGCGGUAAGAGUUUCAAACAAGCUUCUACUUUGAAAACACAUAAAGGAACACAUACAGGUGAUAAACCUUACUUAUGCAGUGUUUGUAUUAAGAGAUUCUGUAAAUCUAGUAUUUUGAAGAGACAUAAAAUAAUACAUACUGGUGAUAAACCAUACUCAUGCAAUGUUUGCGGUAAGAGUUUCAAACAAGCUUCUACUUUGAAAACUCAUAAAAGAAUACAUACAGGUGAUAAACCAUACUCAUGCAAUGUUUGCGGUAAGAGUUUCAAACAAGCUUCUACUUUGAAAACACAUAAAGGAACACAUACAGGUGAUAAACCUUACUUAUGCAGUGUUUGUAUUAAGAGAUUCUGUAAAUCUAGUAUUUUGAAGAGACAUAAAAUAAUACGUACUGGUGAUAAACCAUACUCAUGCAAUGUUUUCGGUAAGAGUUUCAAAGAAGCUUCUACUUUGAAAACUCAUAAAAGAAUACAUACAGGUGAUAAACCAUACUCAUGCAAUGUUUGCGGUAAGAGUUUCAAACAAGCUUCUACUUUGAAGAACCAUAAAAUGUUACAUACCUGUGACAAACUUUACUUAUGCAAUGUUUGUGAUAAGAGUUUCAGUCAUUCAGGAAUUUGCGUUAUCUACAUGGAUCUAUGUUUGUGGUUAAAUCAUUACAAGGUAAAAAUUUAUAGAUACAAAAAAAAUAUCGAAAAAUGUGCAAAAAAUCAAUAAAUUUCUCCUUUCGUUAAAAUUAGCAUCGCAAGCGCAGAAGAUUUUUGAUGGUACCCAUGUGGUAUCGUCCCGGAUACACCGCACAAGCAGCUCAUUCCACAGCUUUGUAGUAGGUACGUGGAAGAACAUUUGUAGCAGGGAAACGAUGUUCAAAACCUUUUUGAUUUUUUGGGGUGAAGAAAUUUAUUUUUUUUACAAAUGCACAACACCUUAGCUUAGAAAAUAUAUUUGUUGAUAUAUUAUUUGUUUUAAAUCAAUUGUGCUUCUAUGAGAACUAAACUCAAUGUAGUAGUUCAAAUAUUAAUUGAAUAUCAUAUAAGCUACAUUAAUAUCAGAUUUGAGUAUUGUAUUAUCUAUUGGUAGAGAUAAGUCAUUGUUUCUGGUUUGAUAUUUUUAUGAUAUUUUAUUAUAAUAUGUUUAUGGACUUUGCAGUUAAGCAUACUUAUUUUUACACAUAUUCAUUAAAAUCUACUCUAUUUCAUUCACAUUUCUUCAAACAAUACAAUAUGUUCAGGUAUUCCUACUUUUAUAUAUUCCUACUGUGACACAUUUAUAAAACAUGAACAUGUUAUUUUCUUUGUAGGUUUUAGUUUUAAAUGCAUAUUCAUGGAACUGCAGUGUGGAAUUAUUAAUCGACUUCAAAUAGAGAAGGAUCUCAAUUCCGUUAUUUUUUUAUGUUUGUAACCUCAUAACUUUCGACUGGAUGAACCGCAUGUGUGGUCCCAUUGCAAUUUGGUCCAGAUCUGACAAUGGCAUCCAGGAGAAAACCAUAAAAAACUUAACUUUGCAUUAUGUUCGCGACAAAUCGUAUAACUCAAUAUUACGCCAAUUUCAAGGGUAGUUUGAUGAGAGUUUUGUUGUGAUCCAUGACAAAGUAACGGAAAUCUUCAAUUCUGAGAAGCAAAUUAACUUAUCAAUAAAUUAAUUAUCUUUUAUAUUCUAUUUGUGAGCAUUUUACACGGUUGAUUGAUGUGGCCUAUAUAAGCUAGAGUGCUAAGUUCGAGUAUUCAUUAGGUACUUAUUGUGAAUAAUUGUAAGGAGAACUCUGCCCAAAUUUUGAUUAAGUAUUAUAUAGUGACUAUUGUAUUGUAAUAGUGAUAAUAGUAAUUCUAAGUGGAAAAUGUCAAGUAAUAAAAGUCCAAUUACAGAUAUUACCAUUUUA